GUUUUACCUAAUCUUCCAACCGUCAAUGACAAUUAUAUUGAUGCCGGCGAUCGCUUGUGGGAAAGGGCCUAGUCUAGCGUAUUUAUUAUAAAAAUAAGGCCCACUUCCUUCAGCUAGACUAGGCCUAGCUAGCCUAGGAGGACUGCUAAUAUAGGGCCUAGCCUAGUCCCAGCCGAGACUGCUAGGGCCAAGCCUAGGUUUAGAUAGCCUAAGCCUCCUUAGCCUAGUCUACCUAAGCCACCUAGGAGCAAGGACUUAUAGCUGUUAACUAGGAGAGCUUAGCUCAGUCGGCUAAUCUGGUGGUAGCCACGAAAAAAAAUUACACGGACAUCAAUAUGACAACUUUCUAUGGAAGCCUACAGCACAACUACGAACCAAAAAGAGAAGAUAAUGACAUUUGUACUGUUCCAUUCCUUGAAGCAACUAAGGAUUCAAUCAUUGGAUUGUUAGAUGUGAUUGGUCCAACUGCAUUUGCUAUUGUCAAAUCAGAUGUCAGCGGCAACAUUCAAAAAUUGUAUCUGAAGUAUGAAAGUGACAAAGAAAGGUUCAUUACUCUGGGAGCUAUGUUGGAUGAGGAGAAGGAAGCAAACAAAAGCUGGGCUAAAAACUCAGCAACAGAUGCCCUAUUAUGGCUUAAUAGGGGCCUAGGCUUCAUCUGUAGCUUCAUCAGGAAUGUAUUAGAUACAACAUCAGCUGAUAAAAUUUUAGAGAGUUGUAUGACCAGGGCUUAUGAGUCUUCUUUAAAGGAGUUUCACGGCUGGAUGGCUCAAAAACUAACCUCACUUACAUUCAAGGCAUUGCCCUACAGAGAAGGUUUCAUCUCAUCCCUGUCUAAUGGUGCUCCUGAGGAACAGUUUCUGGAUGAGCUGAGGGCGUAUCACCAGCUUUUGGAACUGCAUGUCCAGACUAUAGACAAGCUAUUCAUAGACAGGGAUCUUGAUUUAAAACAUUGCUAGUUAAUUACAUUUAUGUAAUAAUAUAUUGAUUAAUAUAUUAAGUAUUGUGAUAGUAAUACCAGAUCAAAUUUACAUUUAUUUAAUUAUUACAAUCUUUAAUGAGGGUGGGAAAUUCAGUUUUCAAAGGGGCUUUGUUAAAAAUAUACAUACAAUUAAAAUCGAAAUGCACAGCAGCAAAACAAAAAGUUAAAAUGCAACCAGGUACCUCAAUUCAAGCAUGACAUUUACUAUAAAGAGGGUGAAUUUAGUAAUUCACAACAUACAUGGUACUUAAUAGGUUUGAAAGGACAUUUAAAGGCCUAUUUCCACAAAACUCAACAGCGGCAUGAGACAAAAUGAACAUUUUGUUGCGUAGUGCAAUCAAUUUACACAAAAUGCAACAACAGUUGUCACACAAAAACCUCCGCAGGUUUGCAAGCUCAGUGAAGGUUGAUGUAGUCACUGAUUGGACACAAUAUCUGUUGUUCAUGGCAAUAUUUGAAAGUAUAAAUUUCUGUUAAGCAGAGAUAUUAGAAAGUAUUAAAUUCUGCUAAGCAACAAGUCGUGUCAUGUGUGCCGCUGUCACGUUCUGUGUAAAUUGCCGGAAAGGCUGACAUCAAACACUAAAUAAAUAUGACAUACAAACACAGGCAAAUGUAUAUAUGCAUGCCACAAGAAAAUGGGAGUACUGUAUUGUGACUGUAUUACGUGCAUAUUACUGUAAUUGUGAAUUGGUUAGAGAUUCUUAUAGUUGUAAAACAUAUAAUACUCAAACCAUGGAGCUCUAUUUAUUAAUAAAUAAUAGAACUUAUUGUAGCUCCAUGCUUUAACAAUAUUUAUUUUCAUAAAGUUUCAAUUUUCAAAUUGUAUAUUGUACUUAGCAAGGGAUAUCCCAUCGGUUUAUAAUGACUGUAAUACAGAGUAUAUACUCCAUUAACAAAUAGGAACAUGUACUGCCAUCCAAUGUUAACCAUUAAUAUUAAGACCGAGACCAGAUACGUUAGUCUUAAACCGAUAGAUUUGUUGGUCUGAAAUAUAGCACUGUUGUCUGAUAGUUUAUUCCCACCUUUAUUGUCUAAAAAUAGGGUUCAGUAGGUGUAACUAGGAGUGAUAAAAUGCAUGUUAGGAUGAAUAAUUUUAAAAAUAAAUAAUCAAGCAUAUAAUUUUCAUUGAAUUGCACUAUAUCAAAAACAUAUUUUUAAUAUUAUUAUAAAUUAAAUAAUUAUUUGCUUAUUGGUUCCUAUGGAUGCCUGUGAUUAAAUAAUACAAAAAAGGUAAUCAAUACAAAAUA